AAGUUUUCAAUAACACUGAAAAAUACUUCACAAAAAAAAUAUUUUAGUAUUUUUAAAAUCAUCUUCUAUGAGAAAAAAUAUUUUCAACAAAAUUUAAUCAUUCACCAACAAUACGCCUCAUUAAUAAUUGUAAAGAACGUAGGGAAACAACGUUUGUGUAGCGCGGUGGAACGAAAUCCUUGCAAUUAUGGAGUGGUAUGAAAUAGAAGUUGAUGGCAAACACACAGUGAAAUUUGACGAAUUGGAAUUUCCGACGUAUAGUUCUUCAGGAGCGCCAGCCCUGAUUGAUGGCAAUACUAUGAAUGUAAAAAGAAUUGGUGGCAUUUUACAGCAAGACAAUUGGGCUUGGCUCGCCCGGAGUAAUGUCUUACAAAUAAUUGCUUUGGGUAGUGCACAAACCGUAUGCACUUAUGAAUUUACAGAAUUGCAUGGAUAUGAAAACUCUUGCAUUAAAUGUGUGGAGGAAUUGUUCCAUAAUAAUUUUAAGUCUUUGCUUUUAGCGGUAGUUCUGGAAAGAUAUCAUAUCAUCGGCAGUGCCACUGCCAGUUAUAUAUCCGUCUUCUCUUUGGAAACGAAAAGUGUUUUAAGUACCAUUGAGCUAUCAUUACAUAUCACUUGCGCUCGUUUCGUUGGGCCCUUAGCUUGCCGUCGCACGCUACUGCAAAAUUUUGAUGGAUGCCUGGCACUUGGUAGCGAAGAAGGUGCGCUGAUAUUAUUAGGUAUGAAUAAACCUAAAAUUAUGGUUCUUGCCUGUGAGGAGGAGGAUACUUUUGUUCCCUGUCAGAUUGUUGACUACAAUCUACCGCUAACGGAAAUUCACCGUCACUUCCGCAAUUGUCAGAAGGAAGGCAUACAUUUGGGACUGCAAGUCGAAGCUUUUGAUAGUCCUUGUAGUAUAAAGUCCUUAUUACCUCUUGACAUAAGUAUGGGAUUGGCGGUUGGUUUAGAGGAUGGACGUUUGCUGUGCUAUGACUUGGCGGAAUUGCAAAUUUAUUAUGUGGUCCAGCCUCCGUCUGGUAUAUGCAACUUGGUUAAAAUGGACUACUUGGAGCCCUUGGACGAUCCUCGACCUUGUUUUUAUAUACUAGCCUUGUAUGAUAAUGGAAAAAAUUUAUAUGCUCUUCUGCAUACUCUGAUGUUUGAGAAACGUUUAAUAGACGAAGAAGCGGCACAUUAUUUUGAGAUCUUCCGAAAUGGCGCAAUAAGCUUGCAAUUACCAUUGGAGGAAACUAAUUGCAUUGCUUUGACUUGUCAAUCUAUUGCCACCGCCGUUCAUAACGAAGAGGAUUCGAAACGUUUAUUUGCGAUAUCCUGGCAUUCGAUAAUUGAUGAGAAAAACAAAUUAUUACUCUUCGAUCUCAAUCAGUGGUAUAAGGAUGAGAUGCCAUUUGCUUUUGAAUAUAAUCAACAACCGAAUUAUCUCGCUGGGUAUAUGUUAAGCGGUUGCUGUAACGGUCUGCAGACGUGGCUUAAUUCAACCACGAUACAUUAUUUUAAUUCUGUGCAACGAUAUGAAGAGCAUUUCUAUCCCAACGCUUUAAGUUUUGAUUGUUGCUUGUUGCACAUGAAUGGCAGUCGUCGUUAUAAUUGGGAAGGUGUUCAAAAUAGAAUAAUUAAUAUUUUAAGAUCAAGCAGCGCUUCUAUAUUUCUGGAUCCCAAUGUUUAUUUUAACAAAAUAAUCGACACUCGCUUGACACCACAAUUCACCGAACUAAAUGUAAAUUUUACAUAUUCUAGGAGCGCAAAAUAUGAAGUCAUUCUAUCAGUUGCUUUGGAACAUAAUUGUUUUAAUUUAUUACGCGAUUGUGCCAAAUGUUGGAGGGAUGGUAGUUUUUUGGGCAGCGAGACGGCCUCUACAGGUCUUUCGUCAUCUACUCUAACAGACUGGAUUUGGCGUCGAGCUACCAAUAUAAAAACUCGUUGCAAUAGAAUUUGUACAGGUAUUUUUCAGUAUGCCGGUUACACUUUGGACGAGCGUGAACGAAAAGAGUUGACUUGUAUAACUAGACAACUAAAAUUGUUGGGUAAUCUUUUAGAAGAAGUAUUUAAAUUUUCCCGCCGUCAAAUGCCAGAAAAAGUUUUGGCCAAUCUGGAAGGAAAACACAAGUCGAUACGUAUGGCGUCUGAUUAUCAUAAUGUAUUGAUAGGGUUUUUAGAUAUAGGUAUUUUACCGAAAGCUUCUUUUUAUAAAAACAGCAUUGAAGGAGCAUCUUAUUAUCCAUAUAACCAAUUGAAAGAAUUUUAUAAGACAAGGCGUUCAUUUUUCGGAAAAAUCUCUGAAAAUUACUUAGUGAAGAAAACGGGCGCUUGUCGUCUCCUGUACAUAGAUGCCUUGAUUGAGCACGAAUGUCAAAGCAAUGUAUUACAAGAAUACUGGUUAGAGGAUCAAGGUGAUGGUCUUUAUCCCCCGUCAACAAUUGAAGGCAUAUUGCGUGUUAUGCUGGUACCGGAUAUGCAUUAUGAGCAUAAGUGCGCGAUAUUGGUGUAUUUUCUUUUGGAUUUGAAUAUGGUCAUCGAAGAAGAAAUCUGCAUGAUUGUUUUUAAACUUUCAGAAUCACUUAUCAAAACAGUGCAAUCAUUUUGGAAUCUAGAUCGUGGACACUUAGUGGCUGCUGUGGAUGGAUUUACAUCGCCAGUUAGCACAAAUGAAGGUUAUCCUCAGUGGCUUGUUGAGUUGCUUAUCGAGGCUUUACUUAGUCAGCGAAGUACUAACAUGGCUUUACGUAUUUUGCAAUCUCAGUCCUAUGUAAUAUCGCCAAGCUUAAAACUCCGUACCCUGUUGGCUAACAGACUGAUAUCGGAGGCUUUCAAUUAUGUACGUUCCAAAAAUGAUGACACCUUACUUCAGUUUUUCUUUAACUCUUGUCUGCAUAACGGUCAAUUUGGUGUCAUUUGCGGUCUAACAUUAAAUGAAAAAGAAGAGUUGAUCUUACAAGAUAUAUUAAAGGAAAGCAAACUGUGCGGGGCUAAGAGCUUGCAUUUUGUCUAUCUUCUACAAAAGUCAAAAUAUAUCGAGGCGGUUUCGUAUAUGAACGAAUUGGCUAAAAGUAAAGGUUCACAUGUAUCGGAUCGUAUCGUGCCGCUGGUGGAUACUCCUAAUUUAAUGUUAUCGGCUUUUAACACAGCUAUGGGUCUGGUAACACAUGGUUUGCCAGAUGUUUAUUUUAAAAUCAAAAAUAAACUCAAACAGAAAGAGUUUAACAACAACAGUCCCGUGCCGUUCAGUUGUCAACUUAUCAAACAAAAUGCCAACAAUUUAUUAGGCGGUGUUUAUCACAGUUCAGUCUUAAGUGCUCACUUUGCUACCUAUUAUUGGGGUGAAAUGGAUGAUCAAAGACAAGAUGAGCCUGCACAAGCAAUGAAUAGAAAUAAUGCUACGUUUUUCCGGCGACCUCAAAUGCAAAGCCAUACUCAAGGUUUGAGAACACAGAAUAACAUUUCCUACCCUCAGGUAUACAAGCCCACCAAUAAACGUAGGUAUGUUGAGAGUGACUUGCACGAAGACUCUCUUCUCAUGGAUCGAGGUAAUCCCAACAAGCGUAAACGUCACGAGGUAAUAAGAGAAUUAAACGAUAUUACGCAGAGUCAACGCAGAAGCAAAGAGACAAACAUCACUAAUUGCAAUUUUACAGCAAUUGAGGGGGACGACGAUAUGUUAUCUAGUAACGAAGAAGCCGAAAAUUUUCUUAAAGAAACUUUAGUAACAGUAAAGAAAACUGAAACUACGAACGUAACUGAAAAGCAACCAUUAGUUGAAAUCCACAGUAUACUGAAACCUAGUAAAGUUGAGUUGAUCGAUGGAUCAAUGGAAGAGGAAAAGAAUUUACGCAAUAACAUACCUCAUCUAACUUUUCUCGUUGAGGAAGAUAAGCAGAAGGAAAACACGACCACAAUCUCCGUAGACUCGAGCGAGGAAUUCGAUGAUUAUUUCUAUUCUCCUUUGUCGUCUCAGCAGAAUUCGGAUCAGUCAUUUAAUGAAUCUUCUAAGCUGGACAUAGUAAACUCACAAACUUGUUUGAGUGGACCCCAGCGUAGGAAACCUUUGGCCCGGCUUUCAACGGAGAGUUUGGAAAAGUGUAAAACAACAGAUUCAUCCAAGACAGGACCGAAUCAAACUGACCUAACUUACGCUACUGUUCCUGCCCGAUUACAAAUAAAAAGCAACGAAAAGCUGACAUCAGAGUUAAGCGAUAUUGGUAUUCUUUCACCACAAGUUGGUUCCAAUGAUUUACUUUUGCAUAAUCGACAAAAUGAUUUAUCCCAUGCCGCCGUUACAACGAACGACAAAUGUGAGUUGAAUAAUUUUGCCUCCCAGGAAACUGCAACUAACGAUGUUCCUAUUUCGAUCUGCGAUCCAAAUUCGGAAAUGUUAGGAUGUUCAAAAUAUUCUUUUACUAGUGAAAGUUCUAUUUCAGUAAAGAGCUCAACAACCAAAACUCUCGCAUCUGAAGUCUCGUCGUUCAAACUUGCUCAAACAGUUCGUAAGGGAAAUACGGUAGUCAUACCAGACAAUACAACUUCCAGCAGCAGCGGAUCCAAUACAAAUAAUUCAAAGAAGUUCACUGCAGGGCAGGAGAGCGAAACGAUGGAAACUACUUUGGGCAUGACGACUUUUGACCUUUCAAUUUUAGACACAACUACCACAGAUCAAUGCCAGCCUUCGCUAGCCACAGUUACCACAGGUGAAGAAGAAAAUGUUGUAAAACGUAAACAACGAGAUAUCGAAGGUAUUGCAGCUAGUCCACACGAAGAAGAUAUGGACGUCGCAAAGAGCGUAUGCGAAGCAAGGGAAAUGGAAGUAAAAGCGCUUAGUCCUCUUAUUGUUGAAUUUGAAAAGUUGCAACAAACUGGCGAUAAGGAAUUUGCGAAAAAUGAAGACUACAUUAUAUUAUCGUCGUCUUCUUCUUCCACAUCAUUGCCAACAUAUAAUAAGCAAGAUGAAGAACUUUCUCAAAGUCUUGACCAACGAUCCUGCAAACAGGUAAAAAAACGUUUCAAAGAUUUUAAUACCAAGGAUAUCAAAGAGGCAAAUACUAAUGAGGAAGAACUUAUUGAUACAUAUGAAUAUGAAGAAAACGCCAUUGAUUACGAAUAUUCUGAAGAAGAAGUACCAUCAACAAAUGGAAAUGACAGCAAUGAAUAUGUAGAUUUUAUAGGGGAUUCUUCUCACUCCAUGUCACGGAAAAAGCCAGAGAAAAGCGAAGAUGGCGACAGUGAUGAUUAUAUAGAAGUUGUUGAGCAGUCAUUUGAAAAAUGCGAUGCGUCUGAACACGUAUCCUUUAGUUCCGUCGGAGAGAAAGGCGACAAAGUUCUAGCAGAUCAAGUUUCUCUAUCUUCUGAAUCGCAAGAAGGUAUCAUAGCAUGCCAGUCGAAGCCAUUGAAACAAAAGGAAAUUGAAAGUAAUCAAUUGGCUCAAAUUUUUGUAUCUUCUCGAGAAUCGCAAUUGUCACAAUCGACUUUUGCAGCUCAUGAAGAAGAAGAAAAUACAUUUGCUCAAGAACCGAUGAUAAUAUACUAUGAAAAUGACGAUCAACAACUAUUGCAUUUAAAUUCGUCGAUAACAACUGAAACAAUCAUGCCAUCAGGAGAGUCCAUGUCUUCACCUUCAGAAACUGAUAUACAAAUUAAUGAACACAUGGCCACGUCGACAUUGCCGACAGAUGAUGUUGUACAUCCGCUCUUAGAUUUCGAAUCUAUGGCUGAAGUUGUUGAUGUGCAAAUUUUGGAACAUGCGACUACGUCAACGUUAGGAGCAGACAGCAAUGUGCAAGAACUUUCGGAAGUAGAUAAAGUUGUUGCUUUGAAUCCGUCAAACAUAAAUAGGCAAAAAAUUGACUUGUUGAGAAGCUGUCAGAUAGUAAAGGCUGAGACUGUCAGCGAAACCCCUGAGAAAUCUGAAUCAAUGCACGCUCAAUCGGACGGGGAAAUUGCACAAAAUUCCGAAAUUGACGGCACGGAAAUUACAAAAAAAGAAGAAGCUGAAAUAAUUAAAGAGAAAUCAUCUGUUGUAUGCGAAGUCGAACAGAAAAGCAAAGUGGAAAUUGAAGAAUUGGCAGAAGUAGAGUGUGUUGAUAAAGUUUCGUUGGAGGAAAAUAAAUUUGCAAAAAAUUUAGAAUGCGAAACCGAAAGCACCGGAACCGGAAAGAGCGAUGCAAUGGUGCAAUGCUGCUCCGUAUCUCUAGCAUCAACCCAGACGUAUCCUACCGACAUAUCAAUUGCAACUUUUUCAGAAUUUACAAUUUCAAUGAAAAGAGAGGUAGUGUCGUCUAAGGAUGUUGAGAACCAAGAAGAUAAGGUUGAUGUUAAGACGCGCAUUACAGCUAUUCAACGGCAAAUUGACAAUUCCGCAACUGAGUUAAGUAUGUCGUCUUCAUUUAAAAGUUAUGCUGGUGACUCUAUGGAAAAUAUCGAACAAGCCGGAGAAUCUUUCAUAGGUUGUGACGAUGAGGGUGAAGCACCGUCAAUAGAAGGUAUUGAAAAUUCAAUAUUAAAGCAAGUUGAAAAACGGGAAGAAGCUGAUGAAAGUAUUAAAUUGCCGGUUACGCCACGUCACUUAUUAAGAGGAUCUUCCGAGCCACCAAAGGAAGAAGAAAACAAUACGUCUAAUAUUAGGAUUCCUUGCAGUCGUGCUAAACGUGGUAUAUCAUUGCCACCACAAAGUCAGGGGAAAACUACGGAGAAUGAAAAAGGCAAUGUUAAUAGUCUGCAUACAAAAUCUUUGGAUAAUAAAAACAAUGAGGGAAUUGAAAAUUUAUCAGAGCAGAAUAGUUCUUCUUAUUAUAAUUUAUUGCAGCCAAUGGCGGUAAAAAUUUCCGAAAGCCGUCAGUCGAAUAUAUUGGUUCCCAUACUUGAAGAUCCACCUCUCGUAGAUGCGCCUUCAUCGCGAACGCGUUCACGUUUACGUCGCAGUUCAAUAAAUAGCGAUUUGGACGUAAACUUGACAACAUCAGAUCAUCGCAUUCGCAGCACUUCUGCAUCGAGCAAUACGUCCGAACUAGCCCGUACACGUAAGAGGGCAAGGACUGGUAGCGUCAGCUCACAAACAGAAUCAAUUAGUUCUACUAAAUCGAGGGAUCGUAGGGCACGAAAUGUAAUGUCAACGCCAGAAGAAACUGAUAGCAUGCCAGGCUCUCCUAAACAAGCAGGCGCAAAAGGGAGCAGCGAAGAAUUAAAAAGACAACACACGCAAUCCCCUCUUUUGAAAACAGCAAGGAGACGACGAGCACAAAGUGUGGUAUCAUUACGAGAAGAAGAAAUUGAAAGUACGCCAAAAUCUCGUAAAUCAACUGGUGCGAGGAGCACAAGUGCGGAGAUUCUUUUAAUUUCGGAAAGUGGUUUAGAACAUUCGUCGGCGCGCCGAUUGACACGUAAUCAGUUAGCGGUGUUAGAAAAGUCAAAGAAGUUGGCUCAAAUCUAUAAAAAAGGUAUCCAAGCAGAAGAAAAGUUGCGAUAUACAGCAACACAAACACCUGAUAAACAAUUCAAAAAAACGGGGUCUAACCGAUCAACCGCUAGUUUGCAACAAGAAAGUGAUGACAAUGAAUCAAUAAUAUCGAAACGGAGCACUACUUCUAGCGUUGGACGUCGUAGGUCCAGAAGUGCCCUUAAGAAAAAUGAGGGAAUUGAAGACGAUCAGAUAAGUGUAACCAGUUCGAUUGAUAGCGAAACCCGUAAUACGCCUUAUAAGCUGCGUUCCAAAGACAAGAGUUUAUCAAUUACUCCACUAAAGGCCAUAUCAGAACAUUGAAGCAAAGCUACUACUACUACUACUACUACUACUACUACCACUACCACUACCACUACCACUACAGCAGGAAAACCUAGAAGAGGAACACCUGUCACCCAAUAGGAAAGGAAA